UAUAUAUUUUUUUUUCCCUGUGGAAAUAGUGUUGCCGCCUUUUCUUGCUCUUUCAGAGGCUUAAGCAGUUCAGGAGGCUGGCACAGAGCUUUUGUGGAAUGUCCUGUGGACGGCAUAAAGUUAAAAAUCAACGGUUUCUUUUUAUUUUGGGAUCGUCCCACUUUCCUUUAGCAAACUCAAUCAACUAAGUAACUACCAUCAAGUGACAACUUAGGUUUCCAUGGUGAACAGAUUCCUUUCCGAAGAGAAACUGAAUGAUUUGUAUAACAAUUGUGUAUCUCACAGCACCAGUUUUUGUACCUGAAGUACCUUGACCAGUCUUAAUGAGCAGAAGCCUCAACAAAUGGUCAAUAUAAUUAAAGACAGACCUCCAAUCAUUAAACCCAUUGCUGUCUUCACCCUGUACUUGUUUUGUCACCACUGCAGCUGGUAGUUAUCAGUGCCAGUUUGCAUUUGAUGCAUGAAGCUGUAACUUCACCUCCAGGCUCUUCCAUAGAGCCACCCCUGUCUUUUGUCUCAGGUCUCGAUAGGUCUAUGCUUUUUAUUUAUUAUAAAGGGCAUAAAUUUGGGUUUGGGGAGUGCCUCCUGCUAUUCUGCUUUUACUACUACAGUACUGGGAGCUCUGGCCUCUUAUGGAGCAACUAAAUGCAACCAUAAUUAAACUAAUUGCUAAUAAUAUCACCAUUGUUCUCAUUUGGUUGUGUGUCACGUUUUUCCUGACAUACACCUUGCUGCUUAUUUUUGAACUGGGACCUCAGCACUUGCUAUUGGCAAAGAUGUGCUGUGGACAGUACAGAAAUCACAUAAAUCCAAACCACUUAUAUGGCUUCUGCAGCACAGUAAAGUGGAAAGGGCAGAAGGCUGCAGAGCAAAAGCCUGAGACCUUGAAAGUGACAAAAGUAGUUGAAAUGAAAAGUUUAGUUUCUGGUACUAACUGAAGUGAGACAAAGGAGAGGAAAGAAUCCCCUACUACAUAUUUUUAUUCUUUGUUAUCAUUACAGAUGCUCCCUCAAUUGUUGGCAUUUUUUCAUUGCUUCUGAUUCUUCAGAAGUGAAGGAGGCUUGCCAGGGAAUUGACUUUAUGUCAGCAAAUAACAUUUUUGGAGUGCUUCUGAAGCACUGUUUAAUAAUGGUCACCACUGAACAUUGAUCUAUGAUUUCCUUGUAAAUACUGCUGUUGACUCCAAUAAAAGUGGGACUCAGCAUUGUUACCGUUUAACCCUGGGCAGCAGCUAAAUGGCAGACAGCCGCUCUCGCCUUUCCUUCCCUGAGGGAAGGAAAAGAAAAGGAGGAAAGACUCGUGGGUUGAAAUGGAAACAAAUUUACUUGAAUAAUAAUAAAAUAAGAGUGAAUAAUAAUGUCAAUAUUGUAGGAUAUACAAAGCUAUGCAAAUAUACGGAGCAAUACUUGCUGCUAGGACACGCCCUCCCAGCAAUGAAUGUCAGAGGGCGGACACUGUGAGCACAGAGAGCCCAGUAUAAUGCAGAGAUCACGGCAGGUGUAGGAAAGUCACAGAUCAGGCAACAGGAGCAGGAACCCUCACAGAUGGUUCCAGUCAAAUAACAAGGCCAGUCCCCAGCAACUUCCCACUUAUACACACAGCAUGACAAUCAUGGUACGGAAUAUGUCACUGAUCCAUCUGGAAGACACUGCCGUCCCAUUAUGCUCCGUCCCAGCUGCUAUCCUGCAUCUGCAGCUGGACAGUUGAAAAGUCCUUCAUCUGUUUGUCAACAGCCAAGGUAUCAGUGAGUUCUUACAUUCUUUUUGUUCCAGAUUGCAAACACUGGAAAGUUACUGGAAGAAAAUAUUAACUUUAUCCCAGGGUGCUAUCUCAUUAUUCUCAAUCUAAAUCCAAAACAAAAUACUGUGCUAGCUACUAAGAAGAAAACAUUCUAACUGCAUGGAAAUUUACCUCUAUUUCAGCUAACCUGGCUCAUGCAUCUUCCUGGAAAUAUGUACUAUUUUUCUCAGAUACUCUCAUUGGAACUAAUGAAGGAAUUGUGUCAGUGUUUUCAUGAAACAGCAAGAUGUGGGCUUCUCCAACAGAAAAUAUGAAGUAGUUUGCAACCAACUUUUAAACCACUUUUUUCAGCUGCUUGGCAUGGGCUCGAUUUUCAUUACACUAAGGACUGCUAGAUGUUGUUUUCAUUUUUAAACCUGCUAUUUAACGCGCAAAGUUAAGGUAGCCCCCAGACACCGUGUGGAUCCUGACAGGAAAGCUUGUAACUGCCAGGUUUGUUGCUGGCUCAGAGGUGCUUCAUCUGAGAACUGUACAACUGCACUGACUGGUACUGCCUUGUAGGGGCUGUGGAUCAGGUGCAGAGGCUGCCUUGGUCGUCACUGGAGGGUGGAUGGUGAGAAGGUUGGAUUUCACCACUUAUAUUUGGAAUAUUUUCCCUGCACCUUCAUGGAAACCUCAAAAGGUUUCUUUCAAGUUCUUAGUCUUCUAAUUAAGCCUCACUCUUGUUCUCUUUCCCAGUGCAGUUUUUCUCUAUCAUGAUGUCUUCGUUCAGCAUUAAACAGAAAUUAACAUGAAGUUCGAGUCUUGAGCUAACUUUCACCAAUGCCAUAGGAUUUUUGGCUUUUGUUUGGAUUUCUUGUCUUCUGCUGUGACGCCUAAUGUGGGUUGCUAGCUUCUCUUCGGUGUGGAUUGUCCUUUCUUGUGUCCUUUCAGAGCCAAUGAGUUCUCCAGUGCAAGAGGCAGAUGUGUCACCUUACACACAGUACAACAGUGUGCCGUUUCCCCAAGUUCAGCCUCAGAUUUCAUCACCACCUUAUUACUCCAACCUAGGCUUCUAUCCUCCGCAGCAUGAGGAAUGGUAUUCCCCUGGGAUGUAUGAGCUCAGGAGAAUACCCUCAGAGACCUUUUUCACAAGGGAGACAGAAAUAAUGGAUAUCCCUGCAGCCAAAAAGCCUAGACUGGGUCACUCCACAGGAAGAGUGAAAGGAGAAGAGCUCUGUGUGGUCUGUGGUGACAAAGCCUCUGGGUACCACUACAAUGCUCUUACUUGUGAAGGAUGCAAAGGGUUCUUCAGACGAAGCAUCACAAAAAAUGCAGUAUACAAGUGCAAAAAUGGAGGCAACUGUGAGAUGGACAUGUACAUGAGGAGAAAAUGCCAGGAGUGCCGUCUAAGGAAAUGCAAGCAAAUGGGCAUGUUGGCUGAAUGUAUGUAUACAGGUCUGUUAACAGAAAUACAAUGCAAGUCAAAAAGAUUACGGAAAAAUGUGAAACAGCCCCCAGAUCAGACGGUCAAUGAAGAUAAUGAAGGCCAUGACAUGAAACAAGUGACAUCUACAACUAAAAUAUACAGGGAGAAAGUAGAAUUUACCCCAGAACAGCAGAACCUUCUUGAUUACAUCAUGGAUUCAUACAGUAAACAGCAAAUACCACAGGAGGUGUCAAAAAAACUAUUACAAGAGGAAUUCAGUGCUGAAGGAAAUUUUCUGAUUUUAACAGAAAUGGCCACCAGUCACGUGCAGGUUCUUGUGGAAUUCACUAAAAAACUACCAGGCUUCCAAACCCUUGAUCAUGAAGACCAGAUUGCUUUGCUGAAGGGCUCAGCAGUAGAAGCUAUGUUCCUCCGUUCAGCUGAGAUCUUCAGUAGGAAACUUCCUACGGGACAUACUGUUCUUUUAGAAGAAAGAAUUCGUAAUAGUGGUAUCUCAGAUGAAUUCAUAACUCCCAUGUUUAAUUUUUAUAAAAGCAUUGGAGAGCUGAAGAUGACACAGGAAGAAUAUGCACUGCUCACAGCCAUAGUUAUCCUGUCUCCAGAUCGACAAUACAUAAAGGACAGAGAGUCUGUGGAGAGGCUUCAAGAACCACUGCUGGAUAUUCUACAAAAAUUCUGCAAACUUCACCACCCAGAUAACCCUCAACACUUUGCGUGUCUUCUGGGCCGUCUUACAGAAUUACGGACAUUUAACCAUCAUCACGCAGAGAUGCUGAUGUCAUGGAGAGUGAAUGAUCACAAAUUCACACCUCUUCUCUGUGAGAUCUGGGAUGUGCAGUGAUGGAGACUUUUUACUUCAUUUUAGGAAAAAUAUCUUUUUAAAGGACCGCAUAGCAUUUAUUUUCAUAGAAAAAUACCCCACAGUAUAUUAAAUGUUCUUUACUGCAUUUUUAUAGAAACAUGCCAUGGGUUCAUAAAAGUAAUUUUAUUCACUAUACACACAAUAUUGUAUAGCUAUCAGAUUUUUCACAAGUGAGUAUAAUUGUCUCUGUAUUUAUAUUUGCUGAUCAGAAAGAGUCCACCAGCUCCUCAGAGGAACCCUGUUAAUUCCUGCUGCAAUUAAGCUGAUUGCAGUUACAGUUUCUCUUGACAAAUGGGGAAAUGCAGGUUUCCAUUCACAUUUUUUUCAUUGCAGUGUUUUUGUGCUUGGCCUUCGUUAAAGAAUAUAUUCCAGAUAUUUAUGGUAAUAAAGCAGCUGAAAUGAUCAGUGCUAUAGUCAUUUGCUGUUCAGCUGUGAAAUGUGUUCAUGUAAGAUGUACAAGCUCUUAUCUCUUCAGAAGAUGAAAAAUUAUGUAAUGGAGAGAUGCCACACACACACACAACUUCUCAUGAUAUAAACAUGUAACUUCAUUUGCAUUAUUAUUUCAAAGUAAAAAUUAUACAGUA